ACGUGGUGGAAGCGGCCAGAUCAGUGGCCAGAUUGCAAGGACGGGGGGGACAAUGAUUCACAGCCCACGAGGUGCUGCUGCGUAGGGCAGAGGACGGACCGAUUGCGUUGGUGCCGCAGCUCCCCGCGCUUCUCCCUCCCGCUGCUCCUCUCAACUUCCAAGCUAUUCCCCCUGUCCCGUACUAAAUGCCUCCCUUCUUCUCCUACACCACCCUCCCCUACCAGCUCACGGAGGGCCCCUAUCCCAUGCGCGAGUUCUCGAAGUAUUUGGUGGAGCUAACUGACGUGGAGCCGCUGCCCUUUGCCGACGAAGAUGCGUGCGAGUUGCACCGUGCGCUGUACAAGUCGGUGGCGCUGGGGAUGUUCCGGUUCUUCGUGGAUCACGAAGACCACUGCAUCGGGGAACACUUCGUCGUCUACUACGUCAUCACGCGGCCCAAGCCAGCGGAGAAGGAAGGGACGGUCGCGCUGUACCCAUUCGCCCAGCUCCAGACGAUCGAUCCGGGAUUGUUGGAGCUCAUACACCUUGAGCUCCUCUCCAUUGCGCAGGUGAUCGCGAGCGAGGAGGAGGAGAUCCAACCGCGAUUGCGGACGGCGACGGCCCCACGGAGAACGUACAACGCGGUCGUCAUCCCGGAUCACAUUGCGCAGCGCGCGGAGAGAUUGGAGGACUUCCCCGAGGAAAGGCCGUUGCGGCCUCCCUCGUCGUAUCCCCGACCGGCGCCACCGAAGGCCCCCAAGAAGACGCCGAAGAGGAAGAGACGCCACCCAUCGCCAGGGGCGCAAGGUAGCAGGAUCGGCGGCAGCGAGGAGGUGAUUCAGUCCGCACGUCGGCGGAACCCGGACCCCGCGCCUGGGAGUGCGGCGAAGCUUGUUAAGGAGGUUGUCGUGCCAUCGCCGCCCGUUCCGCGUGUGCCCGAUCUCAACCUUGAUGGAGUCGGGCCAUCAUCAGCAGCAGCAGCCGGAGGAGGAAGCCGAAUGGGAUUACCGGAUCCCAUAUCCAGACCCCCCGUUCUCGCAGGACCUCUCCGUUCCCGCCAGCCGCCCCGGGGUGCCCCGGUCAUUGACAUUAGUAGUUCAUCCGAGCCGAACGGUCCAUCCGACCGAGGUGGGCUUCAUGGUGGAGCCCGCCACCAUCAGGCUCGAGGCCAUCGCGCGGGCGUCGCGCCCUGAUCCGGCAUGGGAGCCAUAUCUGACACCCCCUUUUCAAGGGUGUAUUGCGGCGCGAUUGGCUGGGACGCUCAUCUACGAGACCGGGCAGCGUCCCAAUGCGAUGUACCACUUCCUGGUCUUCGCGGCCCAGAAGCGGGAGCGGCGACCUUACACCGAG